AUGAACAUCGUCAGUAGAGCAAUGACCGAACACGAAAGAACCAAAGGUGUAGAAUACUCCUGCGGGCAACCGCCAACAUACAUAACCCAUUGCCAAUUAGACAUUGUCGUCUUAGCCAUGCCCGGAUGCCCACCGAUGCACAUUGAUUUGAUCUAUGACGCUUCCAAGACUGGGACGACUAAAGUGCUUCUCUUGAAGGCACUUGCAGAAUCACCACGGGCUGCAGCCCACGUGCGCAUGCUGUCAGGGCAGUUUAUUUGCUGGUUGAAUUCACACUCAAUGGCAUUUCUCCAAAUGCGAGUGCCCGGAGGAGAUGGAAGAGGGAAACUGAUCCAUCGAGCGGUUGGAUUCUGA